AUGAGAACUAGGUGGAGUCUGUGGAAACAAUUGAAAGACAAGGAGACCGGACUAGGCUGGGAUCAUAUGAAAGGUACGAUUGAUGCUACAGAUGAAUGGUGGGCUUUGAAAAUUAAGGAAAACUCCAAGUAUGAAGUGUUCCGAGAAGAAGGGAUCGAGAUAGAACUUGAGUGUAAAAUGGAUCAAAUUUUUGCUAUUUCUGCUCAAGGAAAACUUAAAUUUACUCCAGUAUCAAGUUCACAACAAAAACAUGUGAUGCAAGAAGUUGAUGAGGUGUACGUUCCUUCUCCAUUACAUGAGAGCUGCAAUGAUAACUAUGGUGGUGACAAUUGUUGUGUGGCAGAUGAAUCAUGGGAUGGGGUAUGGACAAAGAUUAGCCCGACAUGCACAUCUACCCCUAUCGCUUCUCCUGGUAACAUACAAAUUGAAGCUAAUGAUGGGAGAAAAGGUAAGAGGUCUUUUGUUGGGGACUUCUCACAAAGUAGUAAGGCUACAAGAAACUCAGGUAAGAGAGCAAGGGUUGCCGCAAUUCAAGAAAUGCUUGGAGGAAUUAUGCAAACAAUUUCAAAAAGAAAUCAUUUAACAGAGGAAAUUACUACUUCAAUGAAGAAUAUGAUGAGUUUGCACAUGGAUAUAGUGAAGUCAAUGAAGGAAAAGUCUUACUAUGAUCUUAGGGAUACUAUGGCGAAAUUAUGUACUCUUUCAGAUUUGACGGCUACUUCGCCAGAGUUUUUCUUUGCUUGCACGAUGUUCGAAGAUCCACAAAAAAGAAUUAUCUUUUUUGGAUUGCCUGAUGAUAACAGUAGGGUUGAAUACAUUAAGUACAUGUAUAAGGAGCAUAAGAAAAACAGAUAG